CUUCAAACGAACACUAACAGUUGCUGUGUGUAUAAACAACUCUUAACUGAUACGGCAGACAACUUUAUAAGUUGAUAUGUUGUUUGGUAAAAGAAAAAGCUUCUUUAAUCUGCUAAUAAGUGUAUUUAAAUGACAUGAAGGUUUUAGCUCCUUUGUUUUUAUUCAUUUCCUAAUGCACUCGACACAGUUUGGAUGUUUUUUCCAAUUGUUUCAGGCGACCAUUGAUUCCCAAUCAUUUCCACAUGGUGCCAAAACCAAUUACCAGACUCUCGAAACUUGCUUGAGUUGUGCAAUUCAUCACAAUAAACAUCAAAUGAAAACAUCAUUGUAAUGGGACAUUGAAGGGAAACCAAUGUCUGCCUGGAACAGGAGCAGAAAUCUAAAGCAGGUUGGUGUUAAGUGCAGGUUUUAGUAAAUUGGCUAAAACAUGCAAAAAUGUUGAGGAACUUUAGGUACAAAAAUGUCCAUUUGACGGCAGAGGAGACGAUUACCCAGAUGAGUUCACAUUAUCUGCUUUAAUCUCUUAACUUUGGAAUUGACAGGACUUUUUAAAGUCUUAGCUAAGUCUCUAGUAAGAGUUGUUCUUUGUUAUCACAUUACCAAUCCCGUGUUACAGUAAGUGUCAACUGGAGUCCUCACGUCCCUGAGAGUAGACCAGCGCUGGAGAACGACUCACAGUCUCAGAGAGAGAUACAGGCUGAGGUUAAGAAAACAUAGACAAGCAUCAGUAUUUUCCAGGGAGUCUCCAUUAUUUCUGGCUUGGGGUCUCUAAUGGUAUUUCAUUGUAAUUGCUAUGAUGUCAGAGUGUCCGUCCGCCCUAAUGGCCUUCUAAAAACAACAACAAGGACAGAUUGGUUCCAUUCGCUGGUUGUUGUCCGAGCAGAGAGACACCGCGGUCCAGCAGCUCACAUCUCUGCAAGAUCUCCAGCUGAAAAGGUGAGAAGUGCUUUUCUUUUACAUCCAUUACGUAAUGUAGGGCAUGUAUGUAAAAUUCAUUUGACUAAUAAUUAAUUCAAGAUAGUUUUAACUGCUUUAGGGAUAAAAAGUUUGCAUAAUGAUGUUAGCAGGUUAGUGCAGCUUCAUAGCCGAUGUGGAGUUAUUGUACUCACAGUGGGGUGAGUCUAUAAAAAGUAUUCACAUCACUGUUCAUGCAGAAAGUAUUUUUAUUUCAGUGUAAUAUUUCUUAAUUCAAGUCAAGCAUUCUGCAGUCUGGCUGCGUUGAGUUUAUUCCAGUUGUUUUAGUGCACUUUAAGUGCUUUGCUUGAAGAGUAAUUAAGCAGAUGUCUCCAGGAGCAUUAAAGAAAUGAUUGAAACGAGAAAAGAAAAACUGCUUUUUGUGUGUAGAAGUGAAACUACUGUCACUUGAAAUAGAAUAAAUGUUUUGUUGUCUAUUUUUAGUUUGGACAAAUGGAAAUGGAAAUUAAAUAUAUUUUUGCAGCGUAUAGGUCACUGGUACUGUUGGCUACAGUAGUCAGAAUGAACACUAGAGGGAGUUGUGAGUCCUGCUGAAUGUCAGAACUCUGUUUGUGGAUCAUCUUCCCCUAUAGAUGUAAAAUAUUGGCAAUAACGCAGUCAGUAAUUCAUCUAUUUUAUAUAAGAAACUCAAUAUUUUAGUCUGUAAACAUGACAAAAAAGCCUCUUUAUUUUAAGGUGUAACGUUUCCCACCCAGGUGCAUAAGCAUACGUGUAGCUGAGCAAUAAUAUAAUAAAGUCACUUCUUUACUCCCAGCAUGCAUCUCUAUCCCGUGUCCGUCUCUCUCCUCAUCCUCCUGGUUGCUGGGGCUGCUGAGGUGUGCGUUGCCGUGAUGACCCCACUCCACGGUUUCCGAGGCUGCGCCGUGCGAGAGUUCUCCUUCGUGGCCCAGAAGCCGGGCUGCAAGGGACUGCGCAUCACCACAGAGGCCUGCUGGGGGCGAUGUCACACCUGGGAGAAACCUGUGCCGGAUCCUCCCUACAUCCACCGACACCACCGUGUGUGUACGUACAAUCGGACCCGUCACAUGACCGCCCGCCUGCCGGGCUGCCAGCCCAACGUCUCCCCUCUCUACCAUUAUCCCAUGGCUCUGCACUGCCACUGUGCCGUCUGCUCCACGCAGGACGCAGAGUGUGAGACCUUCUGAUGGGCAGGACGCUGUUUUCAGCAAACAAUGUUAUCAACAGUUUUACUGACAUGAAUGACUCUGAAUAAAAUGAUGAAAUCAA